GACCCCCGACCCCCGACCCCGCCGGGCGGCCCCGCCGGGGGAGGCGGCGGCUGUGGCGGCCGCGCUCCAUGCCGGUGUGGUGCUGCCGCUGCUCCCUGCCAGGGCAUUUCAGGUGCUGUAAUUUUUAUAAACUGACGGCAAGACCCUCCACCAGCAAAAAUAUUUCCACUCGCUUGAUUGCGAGGCUGGCUCUGUGGCCGUGGUCUGGAUCUGAACGGGCAAUGUCUCCGAGAAACUAUAGAGACACUGAAACCGAAGGAGAGAUUUUUAAUUCCUUAGUGCAAUAUUUUGGUGAUAAUUUGGGGCGAAAAGUUAAAGCUAUGCCAUUAGUUGAAGAAACUUCUUUACUUGAAGAUUCAUCAGUGACUUUGCCUAUGGUAGUAAUAGGAAAUGGACCCUCAGGGAUCUGCCUUUCUUAUAUGUUAUCAGGCUACAGGCCAUAUUUAUCACCAGAAGCAAUACAUCCAAAUGCAAUCUUACAUAGUAAAUUAGAAGAAGCAAGACAUCUUUCCAUUGUUGAUCAGGACUUGGAAUACUUGUCUGAGGGCCUUGAGGGCCGGUCAUCCAAUCCAGUCGCAGUGCUGUUCGACACACUUCUGCAUCCCGGCGCCGACUUUGGGCACGAUGAGCCCUCCGUGCUGCACUGGAAGUUAGAGCAGCAUCACUAUAUCCCUCACGUCGUCCUCGGGAAAGGGCCACCUGGCGGAGCCUGGCAUAAUAUGGAAGGCUCCAUGUUGACCAUCAGCUUUGGAAAUUGGAUGGAGCUUCCUGGACUUAAAUUUAAAGAUUGGGCAUCUAGUAAACGAAGGAACCUAAAAGGGGAUCGCGUUGUGCCCGAGGAGGUGGCUCGCUACUAUAAACACUAUGUAAAAGUCAUGGGUCUCCAGAAGAAUUUCAGAGAGAACACGCACAUUACCUCUGUGUCCAGGCUCUACAGAGAUCACGAUGACGACGACGGUGGCCAGGACAGCAGUAUUUCAGCACAGCAGCUCCAGAUCAACAAGUCCAAGUUUAUCAGGAGAAACUGGGAGGUCCGGGGCUAUCAGCGCAUAGCCGACGGUUCCCAGGUUCCCUUUUGUCUCUUCGCUGAGAACGUGGCCCUGGCAACUGGAACGCUGGACUCUCCUGCCCAUCUGGAGGUUGAAGGUGAAGAUUUUCCUUUUGUAUUUCACUCUAUGCCUGAAUUCGGAGCGGCUGUGAGCAGAGGAAAGUUGCGUGGCAGAGUGGACCCAGUGUUAAUUGUGGGCUCAGGGCUCACUGCAGCUGACGCAGUACUGUGUGCUUACAACAAUAAUAUCCCUGUGAUUCAUGUAUUCCGCAGACGAGUAACGGACCCAAGUUUAAUUUUCAAGCAGCUUCCCAAAAAGCUCUACCCAGAAUACCAUAAAGUCUAUCAUAUGAUGUGUACUCAGUCGUGUUCUGCAGACUCCAAUCUUUUAUCUGAUUAUACCAGUUUUCCUGAGCACCAUGUGCUUUCCUUUAAGUCGGACAUGAAAUGCAUCCUUCAGAGCGUCUCUGGAUUGAAGAAAAUCUUUAAACUCUCUGCAGCAGUGGUGCUGAUAGGUUCUCACCCCAAUCUAUCUUUUCUGAAGGAGCAAGGCUGUUACCUGGGCCAUAACUCAAGUCAGCCAAUCACCUGUAAGGGUAAUCCUGUGGAAAUAGAUGCAUAUACCUAUGAGUGUGUCAAAGAAGCCCACCUUUUUGCAUUGGGUCCUCUAGUCGGAGACAAUUUUGUUCGAUUUUUAAAGGGAGGGGCACUGGGUGUUACACACUGUUUAGCUGCAAGAAAGAAAAAGCAGCAUUUAUUUGUUGAAAGAGGAGGAGGAGAUGGGAUAGCUUAAAGCAGCUUUACAAGUAAUUUAUAUGGACAGUUUACCAUUAAAGAUUUUUACUAGUGUU